CCAUCAGUUCCUUCGGCGAGCUUCCCGGUACGACAGUAAAGCGACGGAAAUCGUAAUGAAACUUUGUCUCAUUUUCCUAGCGGCCGCUACCAUUGCGGUUGCUUCCGCUGCUACGGGGCCCCUAUUCUUGCCCCGCUUUGGCCAAGGACCAAGGGGACAGCAGCAACGCCAGCAAGUACAGGGCAGUGACUCUGACAGCAGCGGCAGCAGCAGCUCUUCGGAGAGCUCCCAAUCGAGUGAUGAUGAUUCCGGUUCGGUGGAGAGUAAUCCCGCCAUCCAACCCGUAGGUAUCUUUGGACGGCCGGGACGACCCUGGUGGUCUCUUCCUGGGAUUCCUCCAUUCCGUCCACCGUGGCAUCCGCGCCCACCCUUCGGCGGGCGUCCCUGGUGGUUGAGACCUCCGUUCCACCGACCCACGACCAGUACGGCUGCUCCCGAGGGUACUUCGGUGGCGAGUCCGACGACGGCAGAAGCUUCGACGACCACGGAGGCGGCCACCACCACCGAGGAAGCGACUACUACGGCGGAAGCGACUACUACGGAGGAAGCGACUACUACUGAGGAAGCAACCACUACUGAGGAAGCAACCACUACUGGGGAAGUGACAACCACUGCGGAAGCGACCACUACCGAGUAGCCAACAACAGCUGAUUCUUCUUAACGAACCACUGAUUCUUCGACCAAACUGUACACUUCUAACCGAAAUGAAAGCAAUAAAAGCAAACUAUAUUCCACAAUGAAGCUUAUUAGUUUUGGGUUGUUUACUUUAUUUAAUCAUAUCUUUUAACUCAGAGAAUAUAAAGCUACUAAGAAAAAUCAUUAACAACGGAUAAAAAUAUCAAAAAAAUCCAAGAAACGCGCAGAAAUUAACUUUUUACCACAGUAUAUUCCCCCUUCUCUCUCUCACUCUCACACCAUACGGCUCCUAACAUUAUGCAAACUGCAAUACAUGCUCUUCUGGACCGCUCAUCGCGCCAUCUGGUGGUGAGGAUUUUAAGCUGUUCAUUUCAAAAUCGUCGUUAAAUAACGAUGCAUCGGAGAUUGUGACAUAUUUUACAUUUUUUUCAACAACUGAAGAGAGAUCCGAGUAAACAUAUUUUACAUUAAUAACAUUAAAUAUUAGUGACAUUUUCUUCUAUUUAGUAACGACAACAAAAAAACACCACAAAUCAUGAACCAUCCUCAUUGCUGCUGUAUGCUUGGUAUGCGUUUAUUGAAAUUGUCAUUUUGCUUCGUGUUCGUUUUUUUUUUCUUUUUUAUUUAUUCAUAUCAAUUGUUCUAUUACAUUAUCUUGCAGUAAGUAGCGCAUUUAUAAGUUUGGAGUUUUUGAGUGUUUUUUUUUCUUCUUUAUUCAUUUCAUUGCUAUUAUUGUAAAUUUGGCCAGUUUUACGGCUGACACGUGGUGUGUGUGUGACGGACAUGUGUGUGUGCGUGCAUUAUAAUAAAUACCAGUUUUGCUUUGCUCUUUCGACAGUAUUACACUCAGCGAACAUGCACACACCCACGCACACAUGUACUGUUUGCGAUUUAAAUGUUUUCGAACUAACGACAGAACAAACGAUGGAGGGAAAAAUGGUUCUAUUUUCAUCCACUUUUGCACUGCUGUUUGCGUUAGAAGCUAUUGAUAUCAAGAGAGAAAGAGAGAGAGGGUGUGUGUGUGAAAGGGAUUAAAUGUUGCUUUUUCUUGUUAAAUGUUGUUUGCUUUUGAAUAACCACUCUUAAGCUUGUUGUUAACUAUUAGAGUUACAUGAAGAUGGUUUGUGUUUGUGUGUGUAUGUGUGUGACUGAGCUUCAAACAGAUGAAUUAACAUGAACUUCAAAUUGUGUUUGUGUGUGUGUUAGAUUUUUGUUUAACAAUUUCCGUGUUACGUUUUCAUGCGUAAAUUUGAAAACUAAAACGGAAAACAUUCCACUACAUAGAUAUCACUGCACUGGUAACAAAUGCGCACAAAAGUGUUUUCGUAAGUUUUCGUUAUUAUACACCCCCUCCCCGCACCAUCAUCCUCCAUCCGUUUCCAACACUGUUAGUGUGCCGUUCUACUUCUGGCGACGUUUUCAUUUCACCCUUUCAAAAUCAUCCUACUACCCUAACACCCUAACUAAAUCUCCCUCUCCGUCCGCUGUGUAGUUUUCUAUUUCAGUUGUUGCGUUUGCUUUCCGUUUGUCCGUUUCGCGGAUUCUAAUUCAUUUAAGGAAUUUGGUUUUGUGGCUACUACUUCUCCCUCUAUGUUUAACCAGAGAAAAGACGGGUGCAGUUUUUAACGAUCGGGUUUUACAUGCUUGUUCGAUCCAUUGCAAUGCAUUUGAUUCAACUCUGCAUAACUGUGGUUCACGUGUUCAGCCUCGUAAGCUUCCUUUUCCCUUCCAGCUGUUGCACACUCAGCAGAGUACUUUUCGAUCGUUAGUAGCUCUCCCUCUUUCGCUUUAUUUUUUAUUUCUCGUUGAAGGCGCAUUAUACUUCUAUGCUUUCAGUAUAUAAUAAUAUUUAAGUUUAACAUCCAUGAUCACAGGAGAAAUAACUUGCAAAACAUGUUUUGCUGACGAAGGUGUGCUUGCUUGCGCACGUUGCCUUUUGUUUUUUUUUCUUCUAUUGGUUAGUAAAUUAUGUUUUAUAGUAGUAGUAGAAGUAGUAAUAGUAUAUUGUUUGCAAUAUCCUUCCGGUUUUAUCAUGGUUUUCCAUUAACUAGUCUUCUGUUUCACGCUCUAUCCACGAGAUGGAUUCGUUAUCAUUAUUGGCCACUCGACUUCUACUCUGUUUCGGUAAUUUAAAUGUAAAUGUAAAUGAAAAAAAUGAGAUAAGUAAGUGAACAUAAAUGAUACUAAAUCACAUCUUGCUUUGAAACCAACAGCAAGUAAUGAAUGAAUUGUCUAGUAAGAAGGUAAGAUAACACAAUGUAAACGAUAGUGCAUGAUAACGCUUUGUGCUACACUGAUAAUGAGGUAUAUAUAUAUAUAUAACAUAAUGAGUGGAAACACAAAUGCGUAAAACAAAAACAAAAACAUGCAAACAAAAAUCCCAUUUCUCAACUUGCAUCGUUACGGCUGCGAUAGCGCGGCUUCGUUCGCAUACAAACACAACUUGCCAGAGGGGGUGGUUUCGUAUUUAGUACUUUGUUUUGUUUGUAUUGUAAUAUGUUUUCAUCUUCUCCGCUCAUCUUCGUGCUGUUUUUUUUUCCUUCCUCUUCCUUUUUUUUCUCUUUUCUGUUUCGUUUAACUUUCAUACUGUGUACUUCUCUGCUGCGUUUUCCUUUUAAUAAUAAAUAAUUUAAAAUUGUAAAAGUCUUUACUAGUUGUGUACCGCUCGUGUACCGCUGCUCCCCCUUCUCUCUGUGUGUGAUUUUCAUUUUUUUUUUUCUCCUGCUGUUCACUAUCUGGUUUAUCCUGUUGAUGCUCUCACGCCUUUAGGCGCAGACCCCGUAGAACCAAUCAUAUUCCAUAUUCAGUUUAAAGCGUGUUUUUCUUGCCGUUCGAACAGAAAUCUUCCGUGUUUCGUAUCUUUUAUCACCUCUAUAACCUCCAAAAAGCGACGCGAUCGUGUGCGUGCGCGCGCACCUUUCUUUUCGCACAACAUUCCGAACCGCUAGAGAGUAAUGAUAGAAAAGCAGGAAGUUUGUAGGAAGAUACUAUAAGUGUGUCUGUUUGUGAGAGCGCGCGAGAGAGAGAGAGAGAGCCACUUUCUUUGAUUGCUUUACAAGUCCUAACUAGCGCUACUAUUUAGAUACAAAUGGAGAGUUGCAAGGGCCCUCCCACCCCUUUCCGUCGGUCUGGGCUGUCAGCUGCUUCCCAAACGGCAAUAAGGAACGAACUGGUGUGUGGGUUGCUGUUGUCUUGAUCGUGCAAAACAUGCAAUCACUUCCACCGCUUCCACAGUGUUUCUAUCAUUACUCGUCCCCAUUCGCGUCCGGAAGGGCAUGCGCGUGCGAGUGGGCGUGCGCGCGCACGUGCUCGCGUAAGUGCGCUGAGAGUUGGGUGGUUUCUUUUUUGCAGGUUAAAUAAAAUGAAUACAUGGAAUUGGGGGGGGGGGGG